CCUCACAUCUCUUCACAUUCUCCAUCUUGGGAUCAAUCUAUUGCUCGUAAGAUUUGCCUCUUUGUUUAGCCACCUCUGAUCAAAACAGAUUCGUGUUCAAAUUUUCAUUGUUUGUUGCAUACCAAACCACCAUCCAGCCAUGCCCCCUCCAUCACUCCUCCGGUAUACAAUACCUUCCUUCCUUUAGGUAGUCAUUGUACCAUUGUGGCACGCCUGACCAUGACCGCCUAUUGUCGUCAUGUUUGUCCCCUACAAUGGCGAAUCCCAGCGUUUCGACACUUCCGUCACCUUCUCUGCUCAACGACGUUUCACAUCUCAAAAGAUUCACCGAGCAAAGCGUGAAAAGGCCAUCAGAUUAAAAGACCUCGCCGAUCGCCAGAACAUCCCAUCUCCCACUACGUCUCGGUCUGACACCACGGAAGAUCCACCUGUCUCUCCGCCCGAACAGCACUCACAGAUUCCGACACCUGAGUCUGAAGUCGAUCCCACCGUUGACGCCAACGCCGUCAUCACCAGACAAGAUGUCCAAACAAUGGACAACGUACCAUUCGACUCGUCAGCCACUGUCGAUUACCUCAAAACUGCGACUCGACUGAUAUACGAGUCCCAGAGAGAUAAUUCCUCGGUCCCCAACCCCCGUCUUCCACUCAAUGACAUAUUAUUCAGUGGUAUGAGGGCCGAUCCAUUUGCCAACUAUCCCAUCUCUACCCAGACAUACUUUCCUUUUAUUAUUGAUUUUUGCAGAGAAGUCGUCGCGUUGGGGCCCAUUUAUUUCCAGUUCAUCCUGUCGCAUGAAGUCCUGUUCGAGGCCAUUGUCACUUAUGUUUUGUGCGUUCAACCUCGUCAAACCCCCGAAACCAAAGUCGCCAUGAUGCAUCAUUAUGGCUCCACUCUCAAAAACAUUCGACUCAGCAUUUCAGAUCCAAGUCGCAGAAUCGGUGACGACAUUAUUCUGGCAAUCGCCAAUCUGGCCGUCAUAUGCGCUUAUUGUCGAGACACAAAGCGAUUUGACACGCAUUUGAGAGGUAUUCGCAGACUGGUGGAAAUGCGAGGUGGUGUUGAUGGACUUGAAAAGGAGGAUAACUGGGUCAAAUCGGGUCUCACAGCUCUCGAAGCCUUAGCUGGCGCCCCCGGCGAUUCUGAUUCCUCCUCCGAACCUAUCCCCAAGAUCUCUCCGACAGGAGAUCCCGGCAAAUAUGCGAGAACACCUGUCUAUCCAAGACACCCAUUCCCUCCUGACAUGUGCGCCGUCAUUGCCCGAAUGCCAGAGGGGUUUCGUGAACUCGCAUUAACAGGUCAACUUUCCAUUCAACUCAUAAACAGACUCAACAUCACUCGCAGUCAGAUCGUCCAUCUCAUGGCCACAGCUCCCAGCAAGGAGUCGGAUUACGAAUGGGCAGCUUUGAUGCGAGCUUCCAGCCCGAUCGAACGCAUGGCCUGGUUGACGGUCCUGGUCUUCCAUCUUCGAAGCUCCACAUACAUCUCUGAUUGCAAGGAACUCGCUCAAAUUGCCAUGGAAUGUGCAAAACAAGGUACCCGAUCCCAAGCACAGUCGGAAUGGGUGCUUUGGGGUUCUUGUCUGGUAGUCGCUACGCCAGACUGCGAAAGAUUGCUAGCCAAGCCCCGUGAACAAGUGGCAAAUAUGCUUCUCGACUUGUUCGAACAAUAUACCGUGGAUGAGAUGAUUGAGAAUGCGAAUCGAUUCUUGUGGAGUGAUGGUCUUAGUGCAAGUCUUCGAACUCACAUGGACUAUGCCAGGAAGAACUCGUUCUUUUCAUGAGACUGAGGAUUCGUUUCUCAUAUGGAACACUCUUUUGAGUUUUUCCAAAUCUCCAGGGUGUGAAUAUGGUGGAUGCGCAUCAAAACACCACAGAGGCAAAUCAAAAGCCGUGUGACGUCGGUAUAAGCUGAUCAAGCCUAUCAACGGGGUCAUAUAGACAUUGCAUCCGCGAGAAUCGUUCUAUGGACGGCAUUACCUCCACGAGCUUGAUCAUCGCAUGAACCAAGUCCACCACCACCGAUAACACGAAUAUCAGCGAGAACUGAAAGACAACAACAAACUCCUCGGGUUGUACUAAGUCUAAGCAAUCCAAUUCCACCUUCCACGAACCACUGGGUAUAUGAGGACCAAGCGCCUAGGGAUCACCAUGUAUCUCAGAUUCACCGCGAUAUACUACAAUCUACUCAUCCGGGGGUUGCAAACCAAAAGGGAAAACAACAGGAAUGUUUAUUACUAUGAAGAGCAUGCUGAUAUGCUGAUGUGCUGAUAACGCUGAUGACAUACAAAACAUGCAACCGUUGACAAGAUGGGGAACAAUUUUAAACUUCUCUGUGAGAAAGUACAAGUACAAGUGCAACGAUAUAUACGAGUGUAAGCAGGCAAUAAUAUAGAAACGAAAGAAACGAAACUUGACAAGGCUGCGAA